CUGAGCUAAGCUUCUUCAGUAAAUCUCAAUUGUCAAAUAAAAACUCUGAAUCUAAAAGUUGCCAUUUUUAAAACCAGAGUCUAUUGGGAGAAUUGCAGAUUGGCUGGCACUGGAAGAGCUGAAGACGUAGGCAAAUCAGCGAUCAAACACAUUGUAAAAUGAGUGCAGGAGGUGCAUUUGGUGGGAAUAGAGGGCUGAGACCAGUGCCACCCGAGAAGGGCAUCUUCCCUUUGGAUCAUUUGCAUGAGUGUGACUUGGAGAAGAAAGAGUACCUCAGUUGCCUUAAAACUUCUGGUCAUAAAUCAGAAAAAUGUAGGCAAUUCUCCAAGAAAUACUUGCAGUGUCGAAUGGAAAAGAACUUGAUGGCAAAGCAGGACUUGUCGGAACUUGGAUUUGGGAAGUCAUCGGAGAUGGAAGCAUCAGUCGGAAAAGAACAUUCAGAAAAAUGAUAUAUUAAUGCGAAUUGCUAAUCAUCUCACAUCUCAACAAUAACUGAUCAAAGAUUUAUUGCACUAAGUUUUUUCCCCCUUGGGCUCAUAGGAA